AUGACAAGCAAGAUCCCUCAACCGCCAGGCGUGCCGUUGCUAGGGAACGUCUUCGACGUCGACCCAAGCAACACCUGGGGUUCUCUGAACAAAUUGGCUGCAAAAUGGGGCCCUAUAUUCAAAAUCAAUGCUCUCGGCACCCAGAUUGUCUUCAUCUGCAACGCGGCGCUUUUGGAAGAAAUAUGCGACGAAACCCGCUUCCGCAAGUGUGUCACUGGACCUAUCGUCGAGAUCCGCCAGGCUGUGCAUGCAUCGCUCUUCACAUCGUAUGAAUCCGAGAGUGAAAAGAUCUGGGGACCCGCCCAUCGCAUCAUGUCCCCUUGGGUAUCGGAUGAGUCAAUCAGAAUGGCAUUCAACGAUCAGCGCGACAUCAUUGGGGCCAUUGUCCCUGCCUGGACAUCUAAGCCCGGCCAACAGGUUAAUGUGGCGGAUGGACUGAAACGACUCAACUUACAGUCAGUGGCUUGGUGCAUGUUCCAUCACAAGGAGGACUGGAUGUCAGGCCCCUUCCCCGCGUUUCUCACUGCCAUUGACAAGUCCACCAUGGAGGCUGUAAAGCGCCCGACACGCCCUAAAUUGCUGAAUCGGCUCAUUUAUCAACGCGGCUACGACAAGGACAUCAAGACUAUGCGGUCUUUCUGUGCCGAUAUUGUUGCUAAACGCAAGAAGGAACAAAGCACGAUCGACGACAUGUUCAAUGCUAUGUUGAAUGGUAAAGACCCACAAACUGGAGUGUCUCUUACGGAUGAGCAAGUCAUUGAUGAGAUUAUAAACAUGUUUAUCGGGUCUGCGACAUCCCCUUGUUUUGUUAGUUUCGCGCUGUACUACCUGCUCAAAAAUCCCGAAUACAUCACCAAAGCCCGCGAAGAGAUCGAUUCUAUUCUAGGUGCUGAUGGAGAGCUCACCCACGACAAUCUCCAACGAUUCCAGUUAUGCAACGCUAUACUUCGAGAAUCCAUGCGUCUAUCUUCUGUAGCGCCAGGUUUCAACAUUGAGCCUCGACCAGACAUCAAUACUGGACCGACUGUAUCGCUGGCUGGCGGCCAAUACCAAGUUCCUAGCAACCAAGUUCUCAUUGCAGUGCUUAGUGCUGUGAACCGCGACCCCACAGUCUUUGAUGACCCAGAGGCAUUCCGUCCAGAACGUAUGCUCGGCGAAGCAUACGACAGACUACCCUCGGGAGUGAAGAAGGGCUUUGGAAAUGGUAAGAGACAGUGUUUUGGAACAAAGUUUGCCUGGCAAUGGAGUUGGGUUACCUUGAUUAUUGUUUUGAGGGAAAUUGAUCUGGAAUUGGCGGACAAGAAUUACGCAAUUGAUGGGGAUAUCAAUGGAGCGUUCUGCGUACAGCCAUGGCAUUUUGUGACCAAGGCUGAGAAGCGAAAGGACCAUCCAUAG